AUGCUGUGGCCUAAAAAUCACCUGUGCUACCUAAUGCCACAAUCGAAACUGGCAUCAUGGCCAGAGGGCUGUGGGCUCUGCAUACGCAUAUGCAGACGUGCGGUUCAUUUGAAUGUUGGAGAACAGCGGCCAGGAAGUAUUGUUCUGUGUAAGAAAUGUACAGCUGUCAGAGGGAGGGAAAUUUGUAGUAGCAACAGUAAGCUCGAUUGUACCCUCUUUGCUGGAGAAGAGCAGCCGGGCUUUCAUAUUGUUCUCUCCCUGCCCGCCCCUCAGGCAGCACUCACACUUCGAGCACAGGAGCCACAGCUGGUCCUGCAGGUCCAGCUGGGGGUCCGGCAGUGA